AGAUUGAAUGAGGCCGAUAAGCAGGGGAAUGGACCAGUCAUUGGAGACUGAUUAGCUUAAGAUAAGGCAGGAGAAUAAGGGACGCUAAAUGGAAUUAAAGAGAUAAAGAUUCACAAACGAACUCCAAAGACUACACUAAGAAAGAGAACAGAUGACAAAAUGUGUCCGGUUCGAUUUGCAACCUAUCUUAAUAACAGAGAACUUUUUCGAAGCAAACUUAACUGCAACCAUUGAAAACUCAAUUGCUGCAAACUCAAUUCCUGAAAACUCAAUUGCUGACAAAAGCAUGUUCUUUUAUAUUGCCAAUCAACGAAAUUGACAUGCUUUUGUUUUUUUGUCGGUUAAAUAUCUUUACGGCUGGAAGACUGUAAUAGGGCCAUGGAUGGGAUCUAGAAUAAAGGCCUAGAAAAAUAGCGAACUGACAAAAUGAAGAAAGAUAAAAUUAAACGACCACCGGGAAUAAAAUCCAUACCUCCACUUAACCCUGCAGUUAGUCAGGCACAGGAUGCCAGCCAAAUUGAAAUGCAACAUCUCACAAUUUCUCCUUCCGUCUUUUUGAUCAGCUUUACAAUUCAUCUAUUGUUUUUACUUCUAUUUAUUAACCUAAUAUAGAUCUUUUACUAGAAAAACCUGUUAUUGAACAGAAUGAAGUUACAGACUGUCUCUUAUCACUCAUACCCACUCAAAAAGUAGUAAACGAAUUUGAAAGUGACAGUACGCCACUUGGUUGAAAAAUAGACUGAACAAUGUUUCAUUUUUAACAGUUAAUUAGGCGUGUGAGAGAAGAAAUUACCAACCACAACUAGAAGGCAAGCGGGUAGAAAUUUAUUCAAUUCCCCCCAGAAAUCCAACAGGCAACUUGGACUGAGAUUCGACACAUGUAUGUUUUAGAUUGGUCUGCUUGUUUUCCAGUUCGUUUGUUGCGGAAAUUUUAAUUAAAUUACGGCCAGCUAACAAUGCCACCAAUUGAUUGGCCCCAAUUCCACAUCACUUCAAACCUCUCCCUUUUCUCACUCAAGGCGCUUUCGUAACUUCCUUUUCCCUGUAAAAUCAGAUCCCCACCCACUAAUUUUCCCCACCCAAAAUUCAGGAAAAAGCAGUAGAAAAUAAUCUCUUGACUAUGUCCCAAAACACACUUAAACCGUUUAUUACGUUCUCCUUCCCUUAUUGAAUUACCACGGCAUUUUAAUUUGACACGACCCAUUUAUGAAUCCCUAAAGACCACUUCCUAGCUGAAAAUAACGGCCAUUUUUUAUUGAAUUACUCCGACAAAUUCCAAAUUUAUAUUCGCCAGAUAUCUUUCCAGAUUAUAUUCAAGACAAUAUUUCAACCUUCAAACUCCUUUUGCAAGAAAAAUAGACAGACGGAGUUUCAUGGUGCUAGACGCAUUUUCUUUGCCGCUUAAUUUUUCGGCCAAAUGAACUGUCCACAAUCAUCAAAAAUUGUUCUGACAAGUUGGCAAACAGCAAAACACUAAGCCGAGUCCUAAAAUUAGCUCUAAAUUAUCAUCAAAACUAUUUUGAAAAGCUCUUGGACCAACUCGGAUUAUUAUGGAAGACUUUGGGAAAAUAAGUACUAAUAGUUCGCCAGCUAACCCUGGUCAGGUCAGCCGAGUUCAGCAUCCCUUCCGUGAGUCAAAAAUGACCUUGAACGGAGAAAUGAACCCGACUAUAGUUGUCAAUGACUCAUCACGGAAACGACCCAUGUACAUAAUCAGUUACAUUGUCAAAAUCAUGUUUCUGUUACUAAUCAUAUGCGGAAUACUGUCGUUGGUUUAUCCGUUCUUCAAAACUGCAUUUAAACAGAGCGAAAUCAGAGAGAAUAUUGAGUUAGAUGAUUCGGAUUUGAUUCGUGACAAUAUUCGAUGGCAUCAAUUUGUGGCCCAUAACCUAAGUGACGUGAUAGAGGUGGGUGGACGAUGGGAGGGUAAGUUUGUGCAGCCGACUGGGCCAGUGCCAUUCGUCAUCUCCGUCCUCCACACUUCAUACAACAUCAACACCCACUCAACUCUCUUCACUGCUCUCUUCUACAACGACUACUUCAACCUCACCAUUUCAGGAGACUACAUGUCUGCCGAGCAAGGGUAUCUCGUCAUGUACUUCUCAAAUGUCAACUCCAACUCCGAACCCAGUUCGAAUCCAGCAGACGUUCGGCAAUUUUCGCUCGCUCUCACCGCGUGGAGGGCAGACGCCUAUAUCUCUAUAUUCAAUCACUCUCAAAUACAAUUUCGAGGACAUAUGCAACCGAGUUCUCUGUUCGGACCAUUUAGCAUGCAUUCAGAAAAUGAAAAACUAGAAGUAGCUUACAAUGAUAACAACUACCAGAUCAAGGGAUCAACCGACACAGAUCCCAAAAAUGACAUAGGAGGAUAUGAACUUUACCCUCUGGAGGGCAUGGGUCACAUGGGUCCGACCAGGAUAGAGUUCAGGAGAGGUCAACGGGAGAUAGUUGGUGUCCUGAUUGGUAUCAGCAUUCCAGUACUCCUAGUGCUAUUCGCUCUCCUAGCCAUUAUCACAAACCAUUUCAGAAAACUGUGCUGCUCCUCAGAUUCCUCAAUUGCGUUCCAAAAAUUCCAGAACUUUCCAGAAUCAGGUCAGAUUUCAGCAUCUAGUAGCGCAUACGACACUCGUAGCUACAUAACCCAAUCAACUUCAACUGGCGGUGCACUUAGCCGAAGCUGCACAUUUCAAGACCCACUCGAAGCCGAAACCGAUUUGGACGAAAACAUCGAGGUUCAAGUACAUCCGAACAAAAUUCAAAUUACCCAAAACGAGAGCAUUCGAGUGAUCGAAAUGCACGAUUUGAAACCAUGUUCUUCGACCAAUCAGAAACCAGAUGACGUAAUCGAACUACAUACUCUACCACGAAUGAACACGAGCGAUCGUCUGAAGGUUCUAUUUAGCGAUGACGUCAGAGAAAUACCUCGAACACCUGUCAAUCAAAAUCACAACAACAAUCACCAAAACUAGAAAAAAGAUGCGUCAAUUAAACAGCAAAGCGUGUUGAUUUACCUUAUUCACUUUUAGUUUAUACCAAAAUUUAAUUCAUUCGUAAUGCCAUUUCGCUUGUUUUUAAAUUGAAAACUUA